AUGAAUAAGUUUUUGAAUAUUAUAUUUUAUAUUUUUCUAAUAUUAAAUUUCUCUUUAUUUCAAAGCAAUACUAUAAGUAAGAAAAUUAAAAAAGAGAAACAAAAGAAUGUAAGAAAUGGUUCUUCAAUAAAUGACAAAAAUAUAGAAAAUAAAAAUGAUAAUAUUAAAACUCAAUUGGAAACUUCAGAAAGUAUAGAAAAACAGAAUGACAUUUUAAAUAUAUAUAAUAAUGAAGGGGAGAAAAAUAGUAAUAAUUCAUUAAAAACAAAUGUGACAAAAAAUAUUAUAAUUGAUAAUUCAGAUGAUGUUCAAGCAAGUGCAGAUAAUAAUGUAUACAAUAAUGGUAUAUCUGUUGAUACUGAGAAUAAAUCAAAACAUACACAACCUACAAAUGAUAAUUACAAAAAUGAACGAUAUCAAUUAGAAGACCAAAAAUUGAAGUAUGGAGGAUUUUUUAGCUCGUUUACUUCAGGAAUUGUUAAUUUUUUAACAUCGCCUCUUUCCAAUCAAAACGAAAAAUCUGCAGGAACAGCUGUAUCAUCUUCUAUUGUACCUAGUGCUGAUAGAUCAGAAUCUUCAACUACAUCCCCACCUGGAAAUGUACCUCAAGAUGCAGAACAAGGAAGACCUUCUAGACCUCAAGUACCAAUAGCAAACAAUAGAAAUGAAAACAAUCAAAAUGGAGAUUCACUUAACCGCUUUUUUGCAUGGGAAUUUGCAGGUGGUGCUCCAAUUUAUAAACCCAAUAACAAUAAGAAAGAUAAUGCUUUCCUAGAACAUAUAAAAAUUACCUCAUGGGAAAAAGAAGAUAUAAUUAAAGAAAAUGAAGACACAAAGCCUGAAAAUCAAGAAAAUGAAUCCAUAAAUGAUGAAGAAGUAGAAACCGAAUCUGUAGCUGCAGUAGUUGAAAAAGUAAACAAAAAUGAUUUAAAUGAUGCUGCUUCAGAGGAAAUUAAGGAUUCUAGUGAUUUAAAAGAAUCUCAUUAG